UUUACAACCGCUUUUUCAAGAAGCAUGCAAUGUCGUGAUUUCGUGAAACGAGCACAGCAAUCUUCUUCAGUAAGACAAUACCAGUCGAAAAAUUUACAAGUUGCUACAUGGAACACACUGGGAGUGUGUUUUUAGAUUAUAUUUAAAAGAUUUUCUACGUACCUAGUCGAAGAAUCAUCAGAAAUCAAGAUGUCCUUUCUUACGGAGUACAUAGAUGAAUACCGUGCGAUUCCUAUACAGAAAACUAAAAUGUGUCGACCAGAGGACAGAUGGGCAAGAGUAAAGGGAGAAUGGUUAGACCCAACGAGUGGCUCUGAAAAUAAAGAAUGGACGGAGAAGGAAAUUGAUAAGUUCAUUAAAACUACCAUGCAGAGUCUACGUGGUCAGUCUACAUACUACAACCAUUACUGCGCGAAACUCUCACCAGAGUUCAAAACGCGACCAUUCCAACCGCGCCCGAAAAAGAAGAGACCUUGUAAGCAGCCAGUGGUGGCCGAGGAGCCGCCAUCUUCACAAAAGGACGUCCCCAAACUCGCCAUCAAAGAUACGGAGCUGAUGAAAUCUGCGAAAUACUUGUACGAGAGGGACAUGGAUAAACCGACACUGCAACCUUUGGACACGCACUUUAGAAUUCUAGGCUACGUUCGUCCGCAUUAUUUUAAGACGGGGAUUUCGGACUACCAGAACGGCAUAGCUCGGUUCGCGUACGAAAUGAUACGCGACGAGAGGUUCCCACAAUACCAGUCCCACAACGGCUGCCGACCGAAGUGGGGAUUACCACCUGAGGGCACCAGGCAGCCUGAGCUGGAUAUUAUACCCCUGGAUGGUGAGAGACUGUAUUAAAUUGUGAGAGGUUAAUAAACGUUUUUAAUUCAUUGGA